AUGGCAAAGAUAUUGCAGCAAUGGGAAGCUGAAGAAAGGAAAUUACAAUCUGUUUAUGAUGACAUAUCAUCGCAUCGACUGAUACCUGCUCAAUCAACUCUAACGAGAUAUCUGAAAAAACAUGCAAAAUCACAACCUGCCUUAAUUCUCAAGAUGUAUAUAAACCAAAAGACAGGAUCAACAGAACAAGAUAUCUUGAAUUUAUACGAUCAAGUUAAAAGUUUAGGUGAUAUGACUGGAAGAGGUGUUUGGUGGUCUGGAUUAACACUUAGGAAUAUGGGUAGACGCGACCUUGCUCUCAAGCUGUACCUCGACCUGUCGGAGCAAGUACCUGAUUCACCGCCAUUGCUAGAACAGGUCUUCUUACAUGCUGCAGCUGCUGAAGAUGUCGAUGCAUUGGUAAAAAGUAGUAGGAAGCUGUUCAACCUGACUAGAGAUGAACGAUGGGCUAGAGCUAGUGCGUGGAGCGAAUGGGUCAAGAACGCACCCCAACCGACACCUUCGAAACCAUUUCCACAUCCAGUCGAACCAUUCUCAUGUAAAAUAGCUUUGUUACUGCUCAAUACCUCUAAAACACCCACGACUUCCGAAACGUUAUGGUUGAAACUUCAGAUCCUCCUCUCAGCAGGUCAAUUAGAUGAUGCAUUGCGAUUCGUUCAAGACGAAGGGAAACAAGGUGGUUUAGUCCGAUUACAUUGGCGUAUGGAAGGCGUAAAAGAGAUUCUCAGUCGAAUGGAAAGUGACAAAAAAGUUAGCACAUGGAAGGAAGAAAGAGAUUGGGUCAGUAAAUUAUUAAAAGAUGACAAAGACUCUCAGAGAAAUUACGCCUAUUAUCGGUACCUCCUUUUCACAAUCCAAGACAUACCCACGGAUCUUCGAGCCGUGGAAUCAAUCGAUGAGUUGUUAGUGACACUGGAAAAAGAAAUCGGAUCUAAAGAAAGAGCCCCUUCACUUGCUCGACUUGAACUUCAGUCAUCAAUCAGGAGGAAGAACGUUCCAUCUAGUAUACUGCUCGAUGACGAGAGAUGGCUGAAGCUCGUCGAGCAAUAUUGGAUAAAGUGGGGAUCAAAAGGUCCUAUCGUUACCGAGCUUGAAGGUAUAAUAGGAGAUGAUGACAUUGAGAGGAAAGAAAUAAUGAGAGAAUUUGUGACGAAACAAGCUAGAUCUCAUACGGAUGAACAGUCGUUCAGAGAACAAGUCAAUGCGGAAAUUUACCUUCUUCGCAAUAAAAAUGCGGAAUGGAAACCUACCCCAGAGGGAGUCAAGAAAUACUGGGACCUAUAUCUUUCAGGCUCAAAAUAUGGUAAAAAUCUACCUAAAACCGAUGUUAGACCUGCGGACACUAUAGGUCUGGUAGCCAUAUCACUGCUCUUGGAGAUGUGGUCAAACAGCAAGGAGGAUAUAACAUUAUCACUAAGGGCUGUAGUCUGCCUUGAGAAAAUAGUGAAUGAUAGUCCAGCUUGUGCACAUGGACAUUAUCUAUUAAUUAGGUUAUAUCGUUUGAUUGGUGCAUAUUCCCUCAUACCUCCUCAUUUGUCAAGUCUUAAGAUAUCAGAAAUCCAACUGGACAAUUUACUGCAUAUAUUUACUGAGAGGGGAGCUUCGGAAAGUAUAUUAGGUAAUAAUCAAGAAAUAUGGAAUGAUCAUAUGAAGAAAGCCGGUGAUAUGUAUCAACGAACUUCUAUUGAUUUUCCUGAAUAUGUGAAAGAAUGCUUAACGAAUGAAACGUAUUCCAAGAUCCCUUCAAUCCAAUAUAUUUCCUCUUCACUCUCGUACUCAAUGACCAAUCAUACGAGAACGAUCGAACAAGCUCGUCUGGCCACUUACAUAGGAGCACCAUACGGCGUCAAAUUACUCCAAAAGCUCGAUCUUGCUUUGAAAGAGGAAGAAAAGGUUGAUUUGAGAAAUUGGGAAUUGAUCUAUGAGAUUGGAGGAUCUAGACCUCUGAUUAGGGAUUUGACUAGUUUAGGAGGAGAAGUAAAUUCAAGUUGGAUGAAGUCGCUAGCGGGAUUGUAUAGGGAUAUGGGGAAUUUCACAUCUGGAGAGGAGGUGCAAGAGAGGACCACAUCAAGUGAAGGAUUAUUACCUGCCGAAAUCGCCAUGAUCAAAAGUGCCAAUCAACUGUUAAAAUCUGCCAGCAGAGCGAUCAGUUCGACUGAAGAAGUUGAGCAGAUUCAUCUCCAAUCAAUAUAUGAAGAGAGCGUCCGACUAUGCUUAUCCGAUCAUUCUUCAAGAUGGGAACAGACCCAAUCGUUCACAUGCUUAUACGAGUUGAUUAAGAUCCUUGAUCUCGUCAUUACGCGAGUUACAGAAGCGAACAAGCCUGUUAAAGGGAAAAAGAAGUCUCCUUCGAUAGUACAGCUUGUGACUGCCUUGAAAGAGAUCAAGGAAAGUUUGAAAGACGCCUCGAAACCUGUUUUAGAGAAGAUAGAACUAUUAUCGAAAGAUGUAGUGAACUGGUCACAUGUAUUGGAGGAUUGGAUCAAUGAUGAGCCAUUUGUAGCCCAGACUACGAAAGCGAUCGCCGAUUCUAGGAGAGAUGCGUUGAUAGGUGUAAAGACUUUGUUGAGUGGCGGCGGAGCAUCGGUGAAACCAAGUGGGAACACCAAUACUAGCAAGAAGAGGUAA